AUGGCGAGGCUCAAUGAGCCUCCGGUGUCUACGGACAGUCUCGAAACGCUUCGCAGAAAGCUUCUUCGCCAGAAUAGGGAUCUCGCCAAGUUGAAUAAUGUGCGCGCUCUCCGAAUCCGGGAGUUAGAAAAUGAGUGUGCCUGCAUGCUCUCCGAAAAUAUCCAGCUCCGUGGCCGGGUCAUUGAUCUCGAAAAACAAGUCGAUGACAAUGAGUCGCGUCGCAUAGCAGACCAUGCCCUGGCCAUAAAAAGCCAGCUAGAAUCACAACUUUCACAAUGGGGUGAGCUCAUUGCCGGUCUGGGGUUGGAGCCCCCGUCGAAACGCCGCCCGUCUGGCAUCCAGAAAACUUCACAAAGGCCAAUCAGCUUCAACAACAACCGACCCAGCCCCUCUCAGAGGAGACUUCGAGACGUGGCGAGAGAUAUCGAGGACCUCGGGAGCAUCUCAGAACACAAGUCGUUCUCGCGCCAAUCUCUAAAUCCUGAACAAAUUCUUGCUCUACGAUCCGAAGCGGACUACGAUGACGAUGCCGAACUGGGCCCGCCGCCCAUGUCGCAAUUUAUCGAAGAAGACCCUAUCAAAGUUGACUCGCCGCCAGCAUCGCUUGCCAAACAGUUCGAGCCGGGCCCCAGGGAGAGGAUGGACCCGCCCGAGGCACUGCCCUCCCCGAGAGCAGACAACCAGAUCGAAACAUCGCCGUCACCCCAAAAGAGGCGAACCGAUAUCCUGUCCCGACCGAUAAAGAACACGCCGAAGCUCCAGAACACACCCGAUUCCGUCGAGCCUGAACUCUUGAAGCCUUCUGGGACCGAUAUGACAAUCAUGUCUCCUACCAAGGCCGGAGUCAAGCGCAAAUUCACGGCUCGCGGCGAUGCCACCAACACCAAGCCCGCACAUAAGGUGUCGAAUGAGAACCAGCCCCCGCAGCUAGCACCAGGGAAGUCAUCGGUUCGCGAGCAGGCCGAGGGACGAACGCUGAAGGAGCUCUCCAGCAUGAGGAAGGGGGAGCGACCAGCAAUCAGCACCAACCGGAAGCCCCUUUCGGCCAGGAGCACCAACGACGACGUCUCAUCACCCAAGAAGGCAAGGAUGACCUCAACAGACGAGGUGGCAUCCGCCAAGGCCGAGGUCACCCAGACCAAGUUGGCGCAAAAGGCGAGGGGGAAGGCGGCGGCACCGAAGGUGGUUGAUAUUGUACCCGAGCCGGCGCCGGCGCCUACGACCAGCGCGAGCGUCCCCACCCCGCUUGCAGAGUCGGACCUUGUCUGCCCCAACCCUCCGCAGUCAGCGCAUCCUGCCGAGGAGGCCUCUCGGGGAGACACCCCGCCCCCAGCCGACAUCAGUUCCCAGGGCGAGACAUCGCGAGGAAGCAGACGGAGCAGGGGCGUCGUUAGCUACGCGGAGCCAAAUCUACGAGAUAAGAUGCGGAGGCCGACAAAGGACCUGGUCGACGCCGUAACAGGGUCGCGGCGCUCGAGUCAGUUUGACCUCACGACACUCGACUCGGCCAACUCGAAGCGUCAGUCCGGCUCAAGCUCUGGUGCAGCCGAAGCCCCGUCAGGCCCUGAACCUGGCAGCAUCCCCGCCAGUCCGCUCGCCAAGAAGGGUAGCCAGACUGAUGUGGAGGCAACGGCGAUGCAGAAGCGCAAGCGACCAUGUCCGGCACUUGCAGACUCUUCUUUCCAGGACGAGAGCACAGAAAGCGUCGGGCUCUCAGACGUGGACCUGUACGAAUUUAAGACAUCACCACAAGUCGGGAAGGGCAGGAGAAAGGCCACGGGCCGGCAGAGCAAGUCGUCGUCACGACGCUUCUCCACGGCCCUCGAGGGUGACGACGGCGUCGUACCAACCAGCCAGCCAUCUUCAUCGCGAAGGAGGAGUAUGGUGGUGUAA